GCCCAUCAAGGCAGUGUCCAUCGACUCAUUCGCCAUUCAACGAAUCCACCAUUGCAACCGGCCUUUCAUACCGCGUCUUUGACAUCUCCACUCGACUCUCCUGUCUCGGGACAUUGAUACAAGCGCUCAGAAUCAUCCAUCAUGACGCCUCAGCCAAAUGAACCGUUGGUGCCCGCCGACACGAACACAGCGCAAAGCACCCCUACGGCCGCGACCUCUCCAAAGCCAAAGCGUGUUAUUGUUGCUAUUGCUCCUCGUCCUAUUGCACCUAUGCCUCGGGGCAAAGAAAACGACGAGAGCCUCGUGAACGGAGGAGAACUCAAGAACAAGAACUCAAUUCCGUCGUCAAAUGGUUCUGUCGAGGAGACCAUUGAUAUUGAAGGCAUUGAUGUCCCUGAGACCGAGUACACGCAUGAUGGCCGUCCCGUUCGCAAACGCAAGGCGAAGGUACCCUUCGACGAGGAUACAGACAUGGAUACGGAUGAACUUUUGGAGAAGGAGGUCAAAACCAAAAAGAAACCAGCCCCAAAGCCAAAGGUCAGCAAGACGGUAAAGGACGAGGGUGUCAAGGCACCCAGAAAGAUAGCCAAGAAGCCCACAAGGUCCGCCUUCAGUGACGACGAGGAAUCCAGUGGUCCAAAAGAAACCGUCUUGUCCAAGUGGAAACGCGCUACCAAACCCAAAGCGCCGCACGUCAAGAUCGAGAAUCCCCUUGAUUUCGACCCUAGCUACGUUUAUAAUCUUGCACGCCAGUAUCCUGAUACCUAUUGGAGGAACCAUGCUGAGAGCAGGUCCGGCAUGAUUGGCAAGAUAAGCGAAGACCACCCCCUUCAGCUGGUCGAUUGUGAAAUCAAGGACCAAGCGCCUAUCACAGGCAUGGCACUGUCACCCGAUGGAACUAUGUUGGCGACCUUCUGCAACACUGGCUGUGCGAAGAUCUGGAGCUUGGAGGACUAUUCACUUCUGAAGGAAUUGCGAGACGCUAAGGAAGAGCACAUCGACGAAUUUUACGUCGGAACCUUUGUUCCAGACCAGACAUUGAUUGUCGUUGGCGGCAAACGCAAGGAUAGAUUUAACUGGUCAAUGGCAGAUGAAGAUAACAAUAUUCUCCCGUGCCCGCUCAAGGUGUUUGAUGUCUUGACGGGUGAGGUCAUAGCAAUACUCGAAGGACACUCAGAAGAGCUGCUCUGUGUCAAGAGAGUGCAAUUCAAGGGCGAGAACUAUUUCCUGAGUGGCAGUCAGGAUGGAUAUCUGAACAAAUGGCACAUGGACUCUGACUGGAGAUCCUUGAAAUCGACGGUGCAGAUGCGAGAUGGUAUCACUUGCAUGGCCUUUACGGUGUCCUUUGUUCCUAACACUGGCAACAAAUAUUUCCUUGCAGCGGCGGACGAGAAUCUGCGUCUUUUUGAUUUUGAAAAUGCGGCUUUGUUGCAAACCUUCGAGAAUAUGUAUUCAUCUUAUUGCGAUUGCGGAAAAUUCAUCCAAGCUAUCGAUUUCGCCAUGCCCCCACCACUCCCUGAGGAGAUUCCGGUCCCAGAAGAAGACCUUGAAUCAACAGAGUCGAGCAUCAAAAGAGGCAAAAUGAGGGCUUCAGAAGCUGCACUUACACCUGCGCCGGUAGCAAAAGCACAGCAGUUUGCGUAUUUCAUCUCACGGGGUGUAGAACUGCUCGACUCGGAAGAACGAAUGAUUGCCAAGGACUAUAACUCAUGCACGUUGCACAAACUGGUUUACCCAGACACGAAAGGCGGAAAGUGGUACUUGACAGAGGUCAAACGGUUUCAAGAUGAAGAAUAUUUUUCAAAUGCCUGGCUUAUAAAGAUUGCCUCCAAUGGAAGGUAUCUACUUGCACCUUCCUGUACAGGAGAGGUCUUUAUCUUUAACCUGAAGACUGGCCAAGUAACAGGCAUUCUCAAAGACCACGACGACGUCGAGGUUCGCGAUGUCGCUUUCCACCCGACACGGCCUUUGCUCCUCACAAGUGCAGAUGAUGGGAAAGUUAGAGUAUAUACCUAUAAGAAUCAAACAGAUAUCGUAAAGGCACGAAAAGAUUCGGAAGAGUCAGCAAAAGUAGCGGCAGAGAUAGCCGUAGUGACUUCGGUCGCGUCCGAUCUUUCAGCGGUGAGAGUACGAGAUGAAGAUGAGACGGAUACCGAGUAGAGACGCUUGGUUCACGUUGGCAAGCUUCGACGACACAAGUUCUGUAAUCCCGGACAACCUACAUGCCUAACUUGUCACUUAACAAUGGUCGACGAUUCACCAAUAAACACGCACAAGCAUUGCAAAAA